AUGCCCAUUAAAGAUCCCCUUAAAAGAAGAGAAUAUCAACGAGAACUGAUGAGGAAAAGACGAAAUUCGGGUCUAACUGAUAAGAAUGUUAGUCCUGUGUUAGACCUUAAAGAAAAUGUUAGUCCCGUUAGUCCUCAAAUGUUAGACCCUGGACUAACUGUUAGUCCCAAUCAGGAAAAGUUAGACCCGGAGACCUUGAUUAAAGGUCGACGAAGGCACGAGGGGCCAGAGCUUGGUUGGAUGGUUGACUGUGAGAUAGCAGAGUUUUCUAAACUCGCUAACCUCGAACAAGUAGAAACUCAUCAACCUGAUACCAUUAUCUACGAACACACUAAUUUUGUUAGAGUGAAAGGGAAAGAUAUGACUAGUUUAUUUAAGUUGCUAGGGGCUGUGGAAGUUUUGCCUUACCUAUUUGCUUUUGUGAAACAGAUCUAUCAGGUGCCAGUUAAUCAAGUCAAGUCCCUCAAAGACAAACUGUUAAAAGGAACUAAAACCAUAGCCGGGUUAGAAUACCACCAAGGAAGAGCUGAGGUUUAUAAAGAAAAAGGAUUGUUUCAUAUUUAUUUAACCGAAAGAAAGACUGGGAAGACUUUUAGUAAGAUUUUGGAACUCUUUUCAAGAAAGGCUAGAGGGGGAAGAGCUAAAACUGUUAGUGAGAUUGUUUAUGAGGAAGCUAUUCCUAUUGAUCAAGAGUUUUUAGGGAAGGAACAGUUUAAUUUUAGAGAUUUAGUGGAUAGUUUGAAGAGGAAGGAUAAACCCCUUAAAAUAACUUUUUUAGCUAAUCCUUAUAGUUGGAGUAGUUGGUUUUUGGGGGUGUUUGAGGAGGAAGGGGGAUUAUGGGGGGCUAAGAAACAUGCUGAAGAACUUUUAGCCACUAAGGAUAAAGCAGGGGUGAAAGUUUGA